ACUGAAGUGAAGGCCAGCGCAACGGCUAUAUAUUCCCCCACCACGAGUCGCCCUCCUCCUUCUCCCCUUCUCUUUCUCCAUUGUCAACCCCGCCAUCUCAGCAAGUUCCAUGAUGCAACCUUACCUCCAUCAACAGCAGUUCCACACCGAGUGGCCGCAGGGUCACCAGCAGCACCACGCUGCACAGCAUGCGCAACAACAAGCCCAAGUCCACGCCCAGGCACAGGCUGCUGCCGCCGCCGCUGCGGUCGCCCAGCAACAACACUAUAACCGCAUCGCGGGCAACAACGGAAUCAAUAUUCCAGGAUCGAGCUCGAUCCCGCGCGGCCCAGCCAACGAUAUCGGCCAGCUCACAACGGAGCCUGGGAUCUCGGAGGACAGCCGCCGUGUGCUCGAAUGGAUUGCUCAGCUUAUGAAGACGAAUACACGCGAGACGGCGCUGCUGGAACUAAGCAAGAAGCGCGAGCAGGUUCCGGAGCUUGCGCUGAUUCUCUGGCAUUCUUUCGGUGUUAUGGCUUCGCUUCUCCAGGAGAUCAUCUCUGUCUACCCGCUCCUCAACCCUUCGCAGUUGACAGCCGCCGCAUCGAACCGCGUCUGCAAUGCUCUCGCUUUACUUCAAUGUGUUGCCUCCCACACGGAAACUCGAGGUCUCUUUCUCAGUGCCCACAUUCCACUGUUCCUAUAUCCGUUCCUCAACACAACUUCGAAGUCGCGCCCAUUCGAAUAUCUCCGUCUCACUUCACUCGGAGUUAUUGGUGCCCUUGUGAAGAAUGAUUCAUCCGAAGUCAUCAACUUUCUUCUGACCACAGAGAUCAUCCCGUUGUGCCUGCGUAUUAUGGAGACUGGUUCUGAGCUCAGCAAGACCGUAGCUAUCUUCAUUGUUCAGAAGAUCUUGCUAGACGACAUUGGCCUCGCGUACAUUUGCCAGACUUAUGAGCGCUUCUAUGCUGUCGGAACGGUGCUCAGCAAUAUGGUCAACCAGCUUGUUGAGCAGCAGACUGUUCGUUUGCUUAAGCACGUUGUUCGCUGCUUCCUUCGACUCAGUGACAACGCUCGCGCCCGCGAAGCACUCCGCCAGUGUCUUCCAGAACCUCUCCGAGACGCCACUUUCUCCUCCGUUCUUCGCGAUGAUGCCGCCACAAAGCGAUGCCUCGCUCAGCUCCUCAUCAACCUCUCGGACAACGUGGUCGAGCCUCAGAGCAACCAGUUACAACUUCACUGAUCCCGGAUCAGACAUGAGCUUUGGGUCAACAUUUGAACCCUUGUUCAUUUUGCGGACAGGUCUUCUCUGGUUGACCAUCUUCCAAAAUUUCUCUAUAUUCAGUGUACGAUAUUAAUUUUCCCUGGCGCAGCACAUUUGGUGCGGUUACAUACCCCUUUGCUUUGCUUCGAUUUUCGUAUCACAAUAGGCAGGUUUGCACGGUCCGGCGUAUGUUAUCAACGUCAGUUCUUUGAUGCAAUCAUGGGCUGCUCUUCUCUAAGUGGGCGUCGGCGAUUGUGCAUCAUUGGAAGCAUAUGGACAGGAGUUUACGGUUCUGGGCGUGGUUCACAUAAAGCAUGAAUAUCGGGUGCCGACACUGGAGGUGUUCCUUAUCAAAAGGUUAAUUGUACAAAAGCUACAUUCCAUUGGGGCAGCGGGGGUGGAAGCAUGAUCAUAGCAGCUAUGACUCUAAAUUUCUCUAGCGAACUUGAAAUCUAUGGUUCACUCA